AUGGAACAAGUAGGCGUACAAACGCCGAGAUCGAUUGACGCGAUUUGUACAAUAUCCGUUGUUGGGUGUGGAAGCUCGGAUAAUGAUGGGAAGAAACUGGUGGUUGACCAUAAAAUAAAUAAGAUUGAUGGUCAUGGACAAGAAUUCGAUCCGGUUGACUUGAAUAAUAUCAAUUUGUCUCCAUAUUUCACAGUUUUUGCUGAAAUCGAAUUCUGUCCAUACGGAUGCGACAGUGCAGAGAUUGAGCCAACUUUCGGGAAUGUGGAAGGUGAAAACAAGAGUAUCGCUCAGAAUAACUUACAAAUACUCGAUAAUGCUGAAUUCACGGAUUGUGUUUUUAAGAUCGGUGACGAUGAAAUAAGAGCGCAUCGCUGUUUUCUGGCAAAGCACAGCGAUGUUUUUCGCACGAUGUUCUCACAACCGUCGAUGAUUGAAGCCGAAAAAGGAAUUAUUGAGGUCAUGGAUUCUAAUUACAUUUCGGUCGGUAUUAUCAAAUGA